AUGGUUCAAUGUCCAGAGUGUGACGCAGGGGCUGACUUGACGAAAGACGGUGCUUGGGCGCAUUGCGCUUCCUGUAACACGGUCUUCGAGCCGGGAAAAGAAGGUAGUCAUUACAAGGGUAGUGGCAGCGGCUCCGGCGAUAAAGAGGAAGAGAAGAAGAGCGACUCUAAGGAUGAAAGCGUGAAGAAGGAUUGA